GAAAUGUGCGUUCAAGUUCAAGGAGAAGAAAUAACACCAGAGGAGUACCACAACGAGGCCGGAUGGACGCUCGCGGGGGAGCGUAUGUCGAGGCUGCGCCGGCGGGCCCCCGCCAGUGGCAUGCCCGACAGAUCCGGCGGGAGUCAAGCAAGCCCGAAAUCGAAAUUCAACAAAAACGUGAGAGCCUCGGUCAUCAAGGCCGCACGCAUGCCAGCCAUGCCACUGGAAGAGAGCAAGAUAGUCGUCAGACCCAGAGGGGGACUGGACAUCGUCAAGACCGGCACCACCACCGUCGCCACGGCGAUACUCGCCGCGGCCAAGAUCACGAGCGAGGAAAGCGCUGCGGACACCAUCUGCCCCAACACGCAACAAAAUAUUAUGGUCGUCAGUACACCGAACGAAAACAACGCAGCAAGGUACGCUACAACCCAGGAAAUCUCUAUUCAAGGCAAACUCUACGAAGUCAGCGCAUAUCGCACGGCACCUCACGACACCGUAAAAGGCGUCAUCAAAGGCAUCCCCACCGACGCGAACGCCGAAGAGCUCGAUAGAAAUGUUGUCAACGAGAGGAACCCACUAGCAGUGGGCGCAAAGAGGAUCGGCAGCACGACCUCCGCGAUCGUGGUGUUCCAGGGACCCAAGGUACCGAACUUCGUCCGAUACGGAGUCACCCUGAUACCUUGCCACCUCUACAGGACACAGAUCGACGUUUGCCACCAGUGCGGCCGAGUGGGACACCGUAAGGACGUGUGCCCGAAACCCACAAUCAAGACAUGCCUGGCCUGCGGGCUCGCGAACCCCAAGGAAGACCAUAGCUGUACCCCAAAAUGUAAGCUGUGCGGGGGCGAACACUUCACCGGAGACCGAACGUGCAAGGCAAAAUACAAGAUGCCUUACGUUGUGCGCAAGCGACAAUGGGUACGGCGACAGGCCGAACUCCAGCUGCUGCCGGAAAGCGAUUUCCCGCCACUCGACAAGCCGUCAGCUGUGCAAAAGUCAAGGACUCCAUCGAAGAAUCGCGCGCCAAAAUCCAGAGACAGCAGCAAGAAAAGGUCACCAUCACAUGAGCGAGUAGGCUGGGUCGACGCAGCGAAAGGGAACAAUACAAGGAGCGCGCAGAAAAUCACGGAAGCCACGAAGAAAGACGAUAUCAACAAGGUGCGAGAAGCCAACGAGACCUUAAGGCAAGAAAACGCGGCGCUGCGAACAACCAUUAACAAGCUCUCUCGAGAGAUUGCUGAGAUCCGUAAGCUGCUGCUAUGCAACAACGAAUCUCCACAGAGACCCACGCCAAGCUCAAGAGAGACAGAGGAAACAAGCACGAAGAACCAGGAGGCAGCCGCAGAGGAACCGGCACAGAAGAAGCGAGCCAUCGAGGCCCCGCGCAAGCAAAAGGAAAACGACCGCAACGACAACCUCGAAGCCAAAUUCGAAGCGAGAUUCACCAAACUCGAAGAGCUACUCACGGCGAACAUCGCAGCAGUGACAGCAAUGAAACAAACAGUGAAUAACUACCAAGCCGAGAACAUAAACAGAUUCGCCUACAUGGAAACAGAUUCGCCCUACAGCCGAUCGUGA